AUGAUAAUUGGCUUUUCCCUAAGAACAUCCCUAAGGGAUGAAGAUUAUGCCAGUGCAGACCCAGACUUGGCUGCCCAGCAGACCUGGUUCAAGGAUUUUGUCAGUAUUAGGGACUACAGUAGUCAUGUUGAUCUUGAUGAUAAAUGCUCCAAGAAGACAGCCACUGCCAUCGUCCUUGUGUGGAAAGGAACUAGGGAAACAAGAUUGGCAAGCCUCACAGUUUCACGCAAGGUGACAGGCCAGUGUGUCUCUGUGAUGAUAUGUCUCAUCCCUCCUCCAAGAAAUGUCCUCUCUGCUCCUGUGCCUAAGAAGCUGCUGCUGCUGGUCAACAUAGAUGACUGCUACACAUCAGCCAGGGGCUGCACUGCCACGCUGGACAACUUUGACAAGGCCACCUUCAAUGCCAUCUCUAACACCUACAGCUACCUGACCCCCUUGUUGACUUUCACUAACCUGUGCAGAUCUUUGUCUUUGAGAUCUGGGAUCUGGGACCUGGAAAGAGCAGGGUAG